GCCAUUUUGAAAGUGCAGUGACUGGAGUGGCUGGGCAGCUUGCAGAGUUUGAAAGUUUUGCGGUUUCUACAUUGACGAAAACUAGCCAGUGCUGGUGCCUGCUGAAGACACAGGUUUUCGCCGGAGUGACAAUCUGCACGGUUGCUUUGAUCGCCGGAGUUUUCGCUGGUGAUUUUACUGCAGUAAGCCGGCAGAUUGGCAUUGCAAGACUGCCUCGCCAAACUGACAAGCCCUCUCAGCAUGGCAGGUGCUGGUGAUGGGGACGAGGAGGUCCAGUGGUGUUUCUCGCAGGUGAAAGGAGCUUUUGACGAUGACAUCGCAGAAGCGGACGUUAUCUCCACGGUGGAGUUCAGUCCGUCAGGAGAGCUGCUGGCCACUGGAGACAAAGGAGGACGAGUCGUCAUAUUCCAACAGGACCCCGAGAGUAAGUCCCAGCCCCUGUGUCGUGGCCAGUAUAACGUCUACAGUACGUUCCAGUCUCACGAGCCGGAGUUCGAUUAUCUCAAGAGUCUCGAAAUCGAGGAGAAAAUAAACGAGAUCCGCUGGCUACCGCAGAAGAACGCGGCACACUUUCUACUGAGCACUAACGAUAAGACGAUUAAGCUUUGGAAGAUCAGCGAGCGAGACAAGCGGCCGGAGGGAUACAACCUGAAAGAGGAGGACGGACGAUACAGAGACCCCAGCACAGUCACAGCACUACGGGUGCCAGUGUUUCAGCCCAUGGAUCUGAUGGUGGAGGCGAGUCCGCGGCGCGUGUUUGCGAACGCUCAUACGUACCACAUCAACUCCAUCAGCGUCAACAGCGACCACGAGACCUACCUGUCCGCUGACGACCUCCGAGUUAACCUCUGGAACCUGGAGAUCACCGACCGCAGCUUCAACAUUGUUGACAUCAAGCCGGCCAACAUGGAGGAGCUGACGGAGGUCAUCACGGCCGCCGAGUUCCAUCCGCAUCAAUGCAACACUUUCGUCUACAGCAGCAGCAAGGGCACCAUACGGCUGUGUGACAUGAGGGCCGCCGCGCUGUGCGACCAGCACUCUAAACUGUUUGAGGAGCAGGAGGACCCUAGUCGGCGGUCCUUCUUCUCGGAGAUCAUCUCGUCCAUCUCGGACGUCAAGUUCAGCCACAGCGGCCGAUACAUGAUGACCAGAGAUUACCUGUCAGUCAAGAUCUGGGACCUGAACAUGGAGAACAGACCUGUGGAGACCUACCAGGUCCAUGAGUAUCUUCGUAGUAAGUUGUGUUCCCUGUAUGAAAACGACUGCAUCUUCGACAAGUUCGAAUGCUGUUGGAGUGGAGACGACAGCGUGGUGAUGACGGGCUCGUAUAACAACUUCUUCCGCAUGUUUGAGCGCGGCGGUCGCCAUGACGUCACCCUGGAGGCGUCGCGCGAGGCGUGUGUUCCGCUGUCCGUGCUGCGGCCGCGCCGCGUGUGUGUGGGCGGUAAGCGGCGCAAGGAGGAAGUGGGCGUGGACAGUCUGGACUUCAGCAGGAAGAUAUUGCACACCACCUGGCAUCCCCACGACAACAUCAUCGCCGUAGCAACUACUAACAACCUCUACAUCUUCCAGGACAAACAAUAACUCAGAACACACACACACACACACACACACACACACACACACACACACACACACACACACACACACACUCUCACACUCUACACAAUCUCUAUGUAUAUACAUUCUCACACAUGCCUACAACCUCUACAUCUUCAAGGACAAACAAUAACCACACACACACACACACACACACACACACACACACCUUUCAGGACAAACUCUAUUGAAAUGCGCACACACGCAAACGAAAAACCCAUACAUCUUCCUGGACUAGCAUCCACACACACACACACACACACACACACACACACACACACACACACACACACACACACACACACACACCCCACAGGUGCAGGCGAUAUCUGGUGUCUUUUGAUACUAAAUCUGAUUUUAUACUCUGAGCAGUAGAGUCAGGAAGCAGCCCUGGGCCACACCCCUCGCACGGGAUUGGCCGAACCAAAGGCAACAUCACUUCCUGUCCCCCAUGCCCUGCCCAUUUCCUGUUUUCUACUGUAAGCCACUCCCACUCCUCUGUAAGCCACUCCCACUCCUCUCACCACAGCAGUUCAGUCACGUCAACACUCCAGACAGACACACCUCUCUCUUCCUCUCUCUUCCUCUCUCUUCCUCUCUCUCUCUCUUCCUCUCUCUCUCUCUCUCUCUCUCUUCCUCUCUCUCUCUCUCUUCCUCCCUCUCUCUCUCUUCCUCCCUCUCUCUCUCUCUCUCUUCCUCCCUCUCUCUCUCUCUCUCUCUCUCUCUCUCUCUCUCCCUGUCUUUCUCUCUUUCUCUCCCUCUUUCUCUCCCUUUCUCUCUUUCUCUCCCUCUCUCUGACGCACUUCUCUACUCUCUCUCUUCUCCUCUGCUCUUGUCUUCCUCUCCUCUCCUCUCCUCCUCCACGUGCAUUGUACUGUUCUAUUAUGUACAUUAAUGUUUUUUUUUAAUGUCUCACAGAUUUUAUUUUAUUACUAUAUUCUUGACGUCAUGAUGAAUUUUAGUGAGUGUUCAGCCCCGACCCUGUGAAAGUGUGACCGUGUGUGUGAGUUUGACCGUGUGUGUGUGUGUGUCUGUUUGAGAGCAACUGGGUGUCUGUACUUUUUACACACUGAUGGUUAAGAUGACACACGCGCACACACACACACACACACACACACACACACACACACACACACACACACACACACACACGCAUAAAUUCAGGAGAUUCGAGAGGAUGUUCCAGAGUGUCAUUGGUCUUCACACUUCCCUGUCAGCCCACACACACACACACACACACACACACACACUCUGCUGGUUAGCCUCCAGGCGUGAUGCGCUGUGUAGGGCCUUCCUGGUUACCCUGACUCUCACACACACACACACACACACACACACACACACACACACACACACACACACACACACACACACACACACACACACUGAAGGUGUUUCUGCUUUACUGUAAUGAAAGGGUUAAUAGUCAAAUGUUCAUCAUCAUUGUCAUCUUGGGGUAUCAAUGGUUCUGUUGUCAUGGGUUUUUGUUCUGUUUUAAUUUGUUUAUAUUUUAUAUUUGUUUUUUUGUUUAUUUUUUAUUUUAUUUGGCCUUAGUUUGUUUUUCUUUAAUAAGUGUUUGUAAACAGGAUAAUCACCAUGGUUACCAUGAUUAGAUUUAUUUUUCUAUCGACAGAUGAUUAAACGGGGAGGCACCAGCUGCUCCUGAACUGCCAA